AUGGUAGAAACCGCGGCGUCUGACACCGAUGUGGUGUCGUUUCUUCACCACGCGGGAGAGCGUUACAAGGAACAUCGCGAGUUGUUGCGCCGCCAGCAGCUUGAGAAUGAAAAGAAGACAUGCACCUUUAGACCACGUGUGUCGGACUAUGCGGAGAACAUGAACCAACACUCCACCACCCGUCGCAGUGAGGCGAUUGAGAAGCGGUUGUACGAGUUGCAUGCCAAACAACAGCAGUCCAUUGAAGAGCGGCGGGCGCAGAGUCGAGAGCGGUUGGAGGCGGAGUUGGCGGCAGAGUUGCGCCCGCCGUGUGUGACGGCGCGUGGGCGGUCCGUGCGGGGCCGAGACCCGGUGGACGUGACGCGGCGGUGGUUGGAGCAGCGGGAGGCGAAGUUCGCGCGGCUGCGGGAGGAGGCGCUGCGGCGGGAUUUAGACAACAUGCGGCCCACGCCCCGCAUCUCACAGUACGCCCAGGGGCCGACCGUUGCGGAGCGGCGGCAGGGUCAGCGCAUAGAGGAUUACCUCCUGGAGAAGGAAGAGGAAAAACGUGAACGCAUGUAUUGGUUGGUGGAGCAAGGAGCAGGUCUAAACAGUAGUUGUAGCGAAUCUUCUUUUUCUAGUGGUUGUUGUGAUACCUCGGAGGUAAUGCAACAUAGAAGGCCUUUCACACCACAUAUAACGGAGUACGCAAAGCAAUUGCAUCGUCCUGGUAAUGUGGUGGAGCGCUUGUUCGCCGACAACUCAACUAGUGUACAAGUAUCACAGGAUGACAAAUGUACAUUUGUGCCACGUGUAGCUCCAGGAUCGAAGAAAAUGUUUCAAAACUAUUACAAAGAUCCAAACGCACCGGUGCAUGAGAGAUUGUUUCGAAAUGAAAUUCCUAAUUCCAUUAAGGAAAAAAAAAGAAAGAUGAUUGAAGAUGCGGAAAAAGAAUUUACAGGCAUCCCACGCAUCAGUGAAACAUCACGCCUUAUCAUCGAACGGAAAAGAGCUGAAGAGGAAAGAGAAGCUGCACUACAGCAGAACUCAACAAAUAGAAUGUAUUCUAAUACCAAAAAUGUAUUGGGAGGUGCUGAUAAAAAGGCGCACUCCCAUGGGAUAAAGAAAGAAGGAGAAAAAGACGAGGAGGUGUAUACGUUUCAGCCAUGCAUUAACCAUACCUCUAAGAAAAUGUGGGAACGUCAAUUACAGUUACUGCAGGAGGACGGAUAUGCACGGACACCAGCAGAAGCACGUGAACUCCUCUGGCGUCGCUCACAGAAACGGAUGGAAGAGGAGAAACGUAGACGACGGGAAAUGGCAGCUGCUAAAGAAAUGGCAGAGUGUACAUUUAACCCAAAAGUUGGCCGGUCACCGGAACGCCAAGUGGAGCGUGAGUUAUCUGUAUUAGAGAGGAAUGCAAGGUGGAUGCAGCAGCGGGAUCGACGACUUAAUCGUGCUAGACAGGAGUUGGAGCGUUCACAGUUGUCUGAGUGCUCUUUCCAUCCUGUGGUUGAUCCCGUGUACCCACUACCUGCACAAAGUGCCGAUGUAAUUUCUGGUUACGAGGCACACAUUAUACGACAGGAAGAGUCACGACGCCGCAAACAAGAGGCACAAGAGUGGUGGCGACCAAAAAUCUCCCACUCUAAUCAAAAUACCCCUUACAAAACAGAGGGAUUAAGACAUUUUAGAACAACACCGCAGCACCAUCGACAACAAAAGCAGCAGAGCCGGCAUCAUCUGGAUCAGGAUCAGGAAAGUGAAGCUAGUGUAUACACGUCUAGAAGGCAAUCGCAAAGAAGGGAAUCUAGCUUGUUAUCUUCACGACGAAAUUACAGCGACUCGUCGUCAGAUACGGAUCUUACACAGUUUCUUGUAUACCAGCCCCCUACGCGUCUCAGUUCAGUUUCACUGCGAUCCUCAAUGUCACCGGCGGAGUAUAGUGAUAUUGGCGCAAUGGUGCAGAGUGUUAAACCAAGCCCUGUUGAUUUUAUCAUAAAUCAUCACCGUGCAAUUGUCGAGUCUGUGCGACAGCGCUGA